AUGCACGCGAGAUUUCUAAUCAUUCUGUUCUUUAUUCUGGUGACUGGAGCUUCGAGCUUCGAUUUCAUCGACAAAAAUCGCUUGACUGAAGUCCUCAAACUCAAGGUUUGUUUGGAAAGUCGCCUAUUCCUUUUAAAGUUUCCGUAUAGUUGAAAAAAAAAUUCUAGAGUACCUAAGAAGGCCUUCGAAGCGCCCAUUCAUGAUUUUUCAUCAGAAAGAUCCUUUUUAACGAUAUGAAAAGGUUGAAAAUAAGACGUUCCAAAAAAGAGAAUAAAACGUCAAUAAAAAGGUCCUUGAAAAUUAAGGGAAGGUUAAGAUACAGGCAGCUUUUAGGACCUUAAAUGAAGACUUUGUUCUUUUUUUAGGCCCCUAAAAGGUCGCUUGGGCUUUUCCCUGUAUGAUCCUAUAAAUAUCACGGCGUAAGUAGAUUUUUGAAGCUAGAGUUUUUUUUUAAUGCUAAUUUUGUUAACUUUCUUUGAAAAAGUCUCAUUUUCCAACAAAAAAAUUUUAAAAAAACCGGGUAUUUAAAGAUUUUUGGUUUGAUCAAUAAUCGUAACCCUUUUUUUUGAAAAAUUCAUUAUUUUUCCAAAUUUCUUACGACAAAUUAAAGAUGCUAAUACUACAUUUCACCAAACCCUAAAGGGGUCACUAAGGCUUGCAAAAGCGGUCCAUUCAGGAAUUUUAGUUAGUGGUCCCUAUAGGGGAUAAUUGUUAUGAACUCUAUGUGAAGAAGCAUAUCCAUGCAGAAAACUUCUGUAUAAAAUUGAAAGACCCCUAUAGGGACCACUUAAGCUUCAGUGGCUAAGACCCUAAACCCCCUGGGGACUGCUUUGAUUUUACGCCUAUAGAGGCCACUUUUUCGGCCCCUAUAAGGUCUGUAACUUCCCCCUAACCCCUAUAGGGACCAUUCUAAAAUUCCUAAAAAGUAAAUUUCAGAAAAGCGACGAGGGAUGCACCAAGAACGACCUUUUCAACUACGAGCUCCAGCCCUUGUGCCACACAAUGUUGCAGGUGAGCAAAAUGACUCAAAACUAGAGUUUCACUCCUUUUUGUGCAAUCUCGUUGAAAAGAAUAAAAAACACCUCAAAAUGAUGAUUUCAGCCGUGGAUCUACGGCCUGUUCGUGUUCACGGCGUUCAGUUGCCUCAUCUACAUGUUGGUGUGCUGCUUGAAGAGCUGUUGCUGUGCCUGCUGCUGCUGA